AUGUGGAUCUAUAUUAAAGAUAGAUUUAACAUUUCAAAUGAGGCUUGGCAUGAGUUGGCCACGAAAACCAAACAGAUGCCAAACAAUUAUAAAACAGAGAAGAAAUUAAAGGACUUUAAUGCAAAAUGGGAUCUCCAACCCACACCUGGCCAAGCCAAGGGAGUCCAGUUGGGUUUUAAAGAAUGUUUAGAGGAACAAUUAAUCAGGCUUCAGGGGAAAGGAGUUUUUAACAUGAACACAAAAAUCAAAGUUAAAAUUAGUGGGGAUGGGAUGAACAUUGGCAAAAGGCUCAAAAUUGUUAAUGUAACUUACAUAAUAUUAAAUGAAAGAAAUAUCGCAGUGAGUGAAAAAGGCAACUAUAUUCUUGCCACAAUCAAAACUACUGUAAGCUAUGAUAAUUUAAAGGCAAGCAUUGCAGAUCUUAAAGAUGAAAUGCUGAAUUUAAAGGAAAUGUGUGGGUGA